AAAAAAAAAAAAUUCUUUUGAUCUUAAAUUAUAACUUUAAUAUCUUCAUAUCAUGGCAGUUAAAGUCUUAGAUGAUUAUUAUUUAGCAAUAACAGCAAUAAUAACAAUUGGAUAUCAACUAAUAUUUUUUUCCGUUUCUUAUGGAUUUCAAAUUGAUUCAGUAACUGAUUUUGGAGGUGGCAGCAAUGUUGCUAUUUUGGCUAUAUUAACACUUAUUUUUUGUCAGACAUGGUAUGUUCGACAAAUAGUCGCUACAAUAUUUGCAGUUAUAUGGGGAGUAAGAUUAGGAUUAUUUUGUUUGUAUCGAAUGUUAAAAUCAGGACACGAUUCAAGAUUUGAUAAUAUAAGAGGAAGCUUUAAAUCAUUACUAUUUUUCUAUAUAUUUCAAAUGAUGUGGGUUUGGACAAUUAGUUUACCCGUUAUAUUCUUAAAUUCUCCAAGAAUAAGUGGUAAAGAAGAAGCCGGUAAAGAUGUUGAAUUCGGUAGUGUAACUGAUAUCAUUGGUAUAAUAAUAUUUUCUAUUGGCAUAUUAAUCGAAUCUAUAGCUGAUAUUCAAAAGUUUUUUUUCAGACAAAGACGUACAUCACCAGUACAAUUUAUAAAUACAGGACUUUGGGCAUGGAGUAGACAUCCAAACUAUUUUGGUGAAAUGAUGGUAAGAUUGUUAUUGACUGGAAUGUUUUUAUUAUGUUUGCAACCUACUAUUACUGGUGUAGGUACAAAUGCUGCUUACGCUUCGAUAGCUUCUCCCGCAUUCACAAUAUUCAUACUUAUGUUUUUGAGUGGAAUGCCAUUAAAUGAACGCCCAGCUCAUGAGAAACAAUGGAAAAAUGGAAAUUGGCCUGAAUAUUCAAAACAUCUUAAACGUACUUCUGUAUUAAUUCCGUUUCCACCUUUUCUUUAUGAGCCUUUACCACAGAUAAUCAAAAGUACUUUAUUUUUAGAGUUUCCCAUUUAUAGGUUUGUUCCUGAUUCAGAAAGUAGAGGGUUGACUAAAAAUGAUACAAAUGUAGAUGAUACGAAUGGAGAGGGUACAAAUGGAGACGGUGCAAAUAGAGAUGGAGCAGGUAGUGAUGGUGUUGGUGAUGGUGAAAAUAAUAAUUCAUAAUGCUUAUUUUAUGUGUUUAAUUGUAUAAAGGAUUAUUUUAUAUAUCUAUAUCUAAUAUCCCUUUAACCUACUUAUUUCAUUUUUUUUUUCUACAAUAAUUUGUUUACAAUUUUUGAGAAUCAUUUAUAUUAAACUAUUAAGUAAUAUCACUAAAAGAGUAUGUGAAAAAAAUAUAUCAAAGAGAGAAAAAAUGUUAAGUCAAUAUAUUAAUAAAG